AUUUAAGUUUAUUUUAUUUCUGUUAAGCCUACCCAUUUAUGCAUUCCAUUUAUCAUAUUUUUUUUAACUAUUGAUUGUUUAUGUUGCACACAAUACAGCUUUUUAAAUUCAGAGCCACAUAUACAAAGCAAUUCACUUGAUAGACCACCGUGGAUCUAUUAAGUGAUAUACUAAUACAGACAUGUCAGACUUAGGUCUGGGGGCCAAAUUUGGCCCAUGAUAUAAUUAUAUUUGGGGAGAUCGUAUCAAAUAUGUGUUAGAGCUAGUCCAGCGGUUACAGAUAGGCUAUAGAAACAUUAUUUAUUUAAAAUUGUGUUAUUAUUUUAUAUUAUGCUUGUUCUGGAUUCAGUGUUGAAGCAAAACUAUUAUUAAACAUUUAUUUUAAUAAGAAAAGGUUUAACAUUACGUAUCUUUUUAUUUUGGCCCUCUGAAUUUGAGUUUGACGCCCCUGUGUAGAUCGUUUUUGGUAGUGGCACUAGAUGGCGGUAAUGCAACUUUUUGGAUGUAAGAAGCCUUUAAACUCCACUGAAGACGACGAAGAAGAGUCUGUACAGCUGGAUAGCGUCCACAACAUGGAAGCGUUGACAGGUCUGCAGACACCCAACUCUUUCCUCGCUUUGUGGCGAUGUGAGAUACAGAUGUCCCUUUCAUAUCGCUGGAUCUAGUCUCUGGCGCUGCUACAUUGGAACAAAAUGAACGAACCUCUGCCGGAGCAGUGUGCGCUGCCUCUGUCCUCCCUUCGCCUGCUCGUCUCUCCCCUGCAGCUCAUGUCCGCUGCUCUGUGGGGGAUCGUGCAGCACAGAGCGGUGAGGCACUACGGGCUGCUGGAGGACUUCAUCACCGCUCUGCACGACACUAUCCCGGGUGUACUCACCCAGCGUGAGAGGGUGCACAUAAGCCUGGGCUUACGGGCGAAGGUGGUGUUAGAGAUGUGUAACAGUGAUGACUUGUGCUACAGACAAAAUCUCGAGCCUCAUCUGAAGAAGAUGGAGGAUCUUAUCAUGGAGCUGGCUGACGAGGAAUCCAAAUCAAAGAUGAACGCAUCAUUUGCUAUUUUUUCCAAAGUCAUUUACUCACUGUUGGAUGAUCCAAAUGAAAAGGACAUGUUUUAUCAGAAAAUGUUUACCUCAGAGUUUGACUUCAAGUUUGACUCAUCUAUGCAAACUCUUGUGAGAAAAUUAAUACUGCAUUUGGAAAACUUACUCCCUGUGCCAAGUCUUGAUCAAACUUCACUAUGGCUCGGGCUGUGUCCUUCAGUGUUGAAGGAGUGUGAGGACAUUUUGAAUGAAACUGAAUCUCUCAAUGACCUCAUCCAACACCAUAAACACAACUAUACAUUUUCAACAGAACACUAUGUUGAAGACAUUUUCCCAAACCUCUCUGUUCCACCAGACCUACAGACUGAAAGUAAGGCCACACAUCUCCAGAGCUCAGAUACACAGGGAGAUGAACCACAGGCAGUCACAGUGAGGACAAAGGAGGAUGUCCCGUCUGUGGAGGUCUCUCUUUCUUAUGACGUUGAUGAUGAUGAAGAGUACUACAGCACAGAUGUGCCCCAUGCAUAUCAGAGAGAAUUAGUUGGCAAGAAAUCCUUCAGGUGCCCUAUCUGUGGUCUGAACUUUGAUGAUCUUUCUUUACUCAGCAAACACAGUAUCUCUGGAUGCUCAGGAGAAUGUAUCAGAGAGAAUACAAUUACUCAGGUCAUUUUGGAUUCAGAUACUUUGAGAGAAGAGACUCAGCAUGUGUCCAUAGACUCUGAUGCUGUUCCAAAAUACAAUGUUUACAGUGAUGACAUAGUGUGCCUCUUGUGUGGCCAGGUCUACACACAUAAAACUUUACUAGAACACCAGAAGGUUUGUGUGGUGAGAUAUGAGCAAGAGAAAAGGGCAGCUGCUACGAAGAAUGUCACUCGAAAGCAUCGUGACCAGGACCUAAGACAGUGUGUAGUUGUUCUUAAACGUGUAUAUUCCACCAGUGAACUAUCUAAGGACAAGACUAUUAUUUUCUCAUCUGAAAAGUUUUCUCAAAAUUCUUUUUCAAAAGCUUCUGUCCAAAGAUGUGUCCCUCCCCAAAAUCUGAAAAUGCCUGCGAUAAAAAGUAAUCUUUAUUCCAUUUUGAUUCAACCUUGCAAUUUGAACUCUUGUAUCUCUAGUAUUACAAAGAACAAUACAGGGAUUGAUUCUGGUCCCCAAAGAGAAUCUGAGAACAGCACAUUUACCAAAAGCAUGAAGUGCACCCUGUGUGACCAAACAUUCUCGAAAAUUCUCAUAAUGAAGAGACAUUAUUUUAACGUGCAUAGAGUCAAAGGCUCCUAUCAGUGUCCUUCCUGUAAGAGAAGCUUUGUGAGGCUGUGUGACAUGGUGAAACAUCACCAGAACAUACGUCUCCUUGAGUGUGACACAUGUAAAAGGUGUUUCACUAAACUAAAUGUCUUGAAAAAGCACAAAGCUCAAUACAACAACACCUGUGCAACGCCGCACGUCUGUGAGACAUGUGGAAAAGAGUGUUUGAAUGCUGGAGUCCUCAAACACCAUCAAAACGUGCACAGAGAUAAAAUGACCGAACUGUCUGUACUUAUUGUGGUAAAAAGUUCAGUUCAAAGUUUAGUCUUCGUGUACAUAUGAACAGGCACACAGGUGGAUUCCCGUGCCCAAUAUGUCCCAAGGUGUUUUAUCAAAAGACAUGCCUUAAAAGACACAUGAACAGACACAAUGGACUGGAGCCGUACCUGUGACAUAUGUGGGAAAGGCUGGGCCACUCCUGCCUACCUGAGGAUCCACAUGGUCAGACACACAGAGGAGCGCCCCUUUAAAUGUGACCAGUGUGACAUGUCCUUUAAGAGGGAGAUCAACCUGAAAUGCCACAUCACCAGUAAGCACACAGAUCUGCGGCCGUACAUGUGCGGUGAGUGUGGAGCAGCAUACAAAUACAGCUCUAUGCUCUACGAACAUAUGAUGAAACACACCGGAGUCCCACGCCACACCUGUCCAAAAUGUGGGAGCGGGUUUGCACGAAAGUAUCAACUGAAGAUGCACAGAGAAAAAAGAUGCACAGUGAAAAAAGGUGUGGUUAACUAGGUCUGUCACAACAAAAAAGUGAUAGCUGGAAUGUUUCAGAUUUGGGAUUUUGGCUGAAUAAGUUAUUUUUGAUUAUAAUUGCAAAUUUUUAUUCAAGUGAUUCAUUCUGCUGAGUAUGUGUAGCAGCCCAAUAAUUUUAACAAUAUUGUACAUUUAGAAAAGAUCACUGGGAUGAUCCUGCUUUUGUGUUGGUAUAUUUCUUUUUUCUGCAGCAAUAUAGCACUUCUGUGACAAAUCUGUUGUUAGCCCAUAUCCUGUUAAUGUCUGUUGAGUAAAUUUAAUAAAACUGACCAGACCAGA